ACAAAAAGACUAAAAAGAAAGCAUCAUGCCCAGAGGCACUGCAUCCCUAACAAGAAUGAACCGAAAUUUGAUAGAAAGAGAACGAAGAUCACAAAUGAAAGUUCUCUUUUCGAAUCUCGUCGCUCUCCUUCCUCCUCACCCAAGCAAGAUGUCAAUCCAUGCGCUCCUGGAACGUGCCACCAUUUAUGUGAACCAACUGCAAAAACGAACGGAGGAACUGAAGCAAAAGAAAGCGCAGCUAGAAGAGGGACAGUCGACUGCGACAAGAAUAUCCCCAGUUAUAAAAAUAACGGAUUUCGAUUCUACUAUCCAAGUAAAUUUAGUCGCUGGGACGGAUAUGAAGUUUGCGUUAUGUGACAUUAUCAGUAUCCUUGAGGAAGAAGGAGCGGAAGUUCUAAGUGCAACGUAUCAUAUUGUAGGGAAUAAGGUCGUCCUUUCACUUCAUUCCCAGGCUGCAUAUUCAAGAAUUGGCAUUCAGAAUUCCCGAGUGCGUGACAGAUUGAAGAGAUUGCAAAUUUCUUGAAAGAGCUUGGACCUUCCUACUACGUGUUGCUGUUGCAGUAUUUUCUGCUAAUAAUAUUAAACUCUACUGCAAAUUAAAGAUGUGUGUGUA